AUGGCAGCUUACGCGUAAGUUCUGAGUCGAAGUCUUUAUAAAUCUUUAGUCAGAGUAUGACAGCGAUAGAUCCUGAUAGUGGGCAAUUAGUGGAAGUUCCAAUUGACCCGAACAAUACAUAUGUUGUGCAAGACUCGAGUGCCCUCCUAACCGGCGGUCAAGUUCAGAUUGGCGGAGUUGUCCAGGCCGGAAAGAGCUUGUUAAAGCCGGAGUUGGCGCAGCAUCUUAUACAACCAGUCGGUUACAAAGUACGUUGUCUAACAAAGGGUGUCUAUCGUUUUUUCCCAUCCACCUUUACCUUUCUCAUGAUUCCUGUGCAAUAAUAAACAUUCACGCCUUUGAAUACGUAAUUAAGAAUAACUGUCUUAUUCCUCCAUCAUUGUUGUCUGUACAGCCUUGCCAAUGAGCUUACUACAGUAUUUAACCGCUGCCCACAAAACGCUCCUGAACGUUUACAUUAGCACUUAACUUAUCCGCCUUCCUUCUGUAACCUGUCAGCUAACUUUCCUGCCAUAUGAAAUUUCGCAUUUUACCGAAUUCUCUGCCAGGUCCUCAACUCUGUAAGAAUUCCUGUUUAACAGAUUACAGAUGAAUUAUCGUUUACUCAAUCUGCAUACCCGUAUGUCAAUACGGAUACAGUUAGCACUCGGUGGACUUUUCCGCCGCGGUCAAAUAGUAAAGUCUUGUUUGGGACUACUUCCGAAUUCCCCACUUCAAAUUUGUUGUAUUCGGAUAUAGAUGACUUAAAAAGGCUCUUAAAUGCACUAGACAACGCCUCAGCGUACCCCACUUUCUUCACUUUCUCGGGCUUUUUACGUGAGAUGACCUAUUCCUGAACUUGUAGUUUAUACCGGGCUCAUUUGGGCCAUCUUAUCUACACCUUUAUGGCAUAACUCGAUCCUCGAUUUUUUUUCAUUUACAGACUUCCCUUGCGCGCGGGGGCUUCACCCAGUCUAUUGUUGACCCUAGAAUGAGUCAGUCAGUCCAGCGGGGCUCAAGAGUUCUUCCCGGGUAAUUUCCUCCUUCCUUUUUAAGGAUCGGGUUUUGUUAUUACACGAACAGCUUGUUAAAUCCCCGUCCGCGUUUGUUUUAGGCGUAAGUCUGUCGGCUCCUCGGGUAUGCAGGUAAUCGGAGUGGGUGGUACUGGUGGCCUGAUACAGCAGUCAGCCGCACUUGCUCCUACUGCCUCUGGACUCCUCUCUCUUGGCACUCGGUACACACCUUCAUGCGGUUCUACUCUGGGCGUUGGACCGACCGGCAACACAGGCAGUUUAAUCGCCACCAGUGGUGGGUUGGCCAACUCCGCCGGCGUAGUUCCUGCCGUCCAAGGCGGUGGUGGCAUAUUUACGACGGGGACAGUUAUGACAGACAGAGACGCGAGCUACAGACUCGCCGCGGCAAUGUCUGGAGCUAGUAGUCGUGGUCGACCUCGUGGUCGACGCCCUCUGCGUGUAAGUGUCAAUAUAUACGUAUGCAAUCUUGUGUCUUCUGGCUUUCUGUGUUAAUCCAAGACACUAUCCAGUCCGAAGUAAUGAACACCAACCUUUCCUUGUCUGUCACACAUCUGUAAGUAUGACUAUUUAGAAGAUGUGGCAAAUGUAGACUGACGUGACUAAACAUUGGCCGGGCGAAGUAGUGUCUAUAUUCGUAGUCAAUAUUAUUCUGUACCCAUCAACGUAUAUACUUAACAGUAAUUCCCAGUCUGUCGUCAUUUUGCAGAUUUGGAUACUUUUACAUUGCCUUUUCACCUUCAGGGUCAAUUUCCCGUUGUCCCUAUUGAUAUGGUUAGACAACUUGGCAUUGAGCAACAAGUCAUCCUGCAACCAGCGGCCCCAGUAGCCGCACGAAACAAAGCCAUUCUCUGCCGUCCAUUGUCGGUCUCCCGCAAAACUCAAUCAACUGUGCACGCUCGGGACGCCGAAUCUCAAACUGAACCGAUUGACGAAGAAGAAGCAGGCAGCGAUUUUCUUUCGAAGCCAGCUAAACUAAAAUAUAAUGAACCAGAGGAGGAUGCCGUCAUGGAACAGGACUUAGAUUCUGUCGUCAAGGACAUUGUUGAAGAAGAAGACGAGGAGGAGGAGGCGACGAAAAAGGAUGUUGAGACCAUAGAGACGGACUCGAACCUCUCCGGUAGCUCAAACAAGGAUAGUGACGAUGAGCUCGACAUUCCUGAUAUGCCCAGGGCAAAUACCACUCAGACAGAAGAUGUCUCAACAUCUGUUUGUGCCACACAGACCGGUGAGUUCGUGAUUCCUACCUGUCUGCAUGCCCCUCUGCGUCUGUUUUCCCAUCUAUUUUCUAUUUCACGUACUAGUUUGCAUUUCUGUCCGAUAAAAAUAGUGCACUUCCACAGUUUAACAUCUAAACGAGAUGUGCCGUCGUUAAAAUUCUUCGUAAUUACAAUUGUUCUACUUGGUGUGUGGAUUCCGUGUCACUGUCGCGUCACUGCCUCAUGACGUUUCCUUUUCCCCCCCCACAUCAAUUACAUCUUUAGAUGAGCCCGUUGAGGCCGAGAAGCCAGAGGACAGCGAGACCACUACUUCAGGUGCAUCGGAGAAAAGGAUAGAGUUCUUACCAAUUCCCGUGCCUGUUCCGAUUUACAUACCAGUCCCAGUAUACUUGUACGCUCGGCCCGUUCCAUAUGCAGUGCCCUUCCCACUACCUUGUGUAAUCCCACUCCCUCUUCUCAUGAAGGGGAAUGAACUCGGUAAGCUGCGGUUCCGUUGUUCGCUUGUGACAUACCUUUUAUCAUUCCUCUCUAUUUGGCUUUGAGAAACUUUUUUGGUUUCAAGAUUAUUGCCUUUCCCGCAUAUGGCUGCAGUGACUAAUUUUUCCUACCUUUUUAGAUGGAAAACCUAAAGAGGAAGACAAGGAAGAGGAGGUUCAGCCACCACAAGUACUUCAAACGUUAUUGCAAGCUACCAGUUUUUGUGUUCAUUUAUGCCAUCCACCAUCGUUGUAUUGCUGAUGUUUAUUAUAAUUAACGGAGAACAUGAUUGUUCGACCGUCCACAAGAGCUAAAGACCAGAACUUCACGGUAAAACAGAAUGCCCACUUUUCAUCAUAAGGUUGAGUCGUUUCGAUGCGCCCCACUCCCAUAUUAUUUAAAUACUUCCGAUUCAGAUCGAUGGUGCGAGCCCAUGACUCGAUGUUUGAGGGUUAAUUCAGUGACCAACUGACUUAUGGUCUUGUGUAAUGGCAGCCCAUCUAGUUCCCGGUAUCAUUUUCUGAGAUUGGGCCUGUAAUAUGGCAUGGAAAACUGCACAAGCGGUUUUUGUUUCACUCUAAAUCAAGGUUUUUCAAAAAUUAAGACUUUAGGAACAUUUUGACGAGAACUGUUACGUUCAUGACAUCCUACCACCUGAAGACCACAUUCAGUCUGCAGUGGUUCCGAAAUCGAACUCUGGGCUACAUUUGAUGCAAAGCAAACUAGGUGGCUUCAUUGUCUCAAGCAUGGUUGUGCCAUUCCUCCCCUUCGAUCGGAUCUGCCGUUAGUUGCGUAAUAGGCGAGAUACGCACGCGUUUCAUCCAUUAAAUCCUCGUUGACCGGCAUGUGUAAAUUCAUCAUGAAUAUGAAUAACAAACCAACCACUCCCCUAGCAGUUGCGACGACAAGCCUGCCGGUUGCGGAAGUGAAGCCAAGUCCUACUUUCCGAGUACUUUGCUGUGUUCUUCCGCAAAGCGUUUAGUAGGAUUUUAUCCCAUAAACUAAAGUGUGUUUCAAAGGUGAAGUAGAAGCGCUGGCUUAUUAAUAUGAAACAGUCUGACCUACCUGUGCCAGUGACCGCACACUUUUGUUUUGCCCACUUGCCCCUUAAAGCGCCAAAAGGAGGCCAAGCUACCUGAUGAGCAGCGUCAUCUGACGUCAUUGACACAGAAACGUCCGGCCCCACGUGACUCUUUGACUCCGUCCUAUGCAACCGCCACAACCACGACGACAACACAUCCACCACAGCAACAACCAAAUCCAUCCAAGCGACAGCGCACUCAGCCGGAAGAGUCUUCUGCCAUCGCAGCCCCACCGUCACGCCGGAUUCCCAUGACCACCAGCGACGCCAACUACCAUCUCAAGUUCUCUUACGGCAUCAAUGCCUGGCGCCACUGGGUCAACCACAACAUGGCCGGUGGCCGACAGCAGCGUUCCCUGUGCACGGAGCUGCUCGACGUGCCUGACGAUGAGCUCAACCUGGCCUUGAGUCGUUUUGUGCAUGAGGUCCGCAAACCAAACAACGAAACUUAUGUUGCUGACUCAAUUUUCUACCUAUGUCUUGGUGAGUAACUGUAUCGUCGACCAGCCUUUUUUUGUAAUCGCUUUUUUUCGGUUCCCACGUUCGUACAUCUCCGGGUGGCCCAUCAGAGAAUCAUAAAUAUUCCUUGCACGUUGGCCUACGUCGUGAGGAUGGCUUUUUAAAUUGAUCUUGUUGCACGGGGUCGCUGAUUUCAUACUCUUGAGACUUCAUCUUCUCUCAUAAACGGCAACAGCAGGCGUCCGCGGGCUGUGCUGAAAGCGUCAAGACCGCUGCAAACUGGUCCGCUCGACGAUGAUAGAUGAAUUUUAACACAGGUGUUUGAUUACUUUUCAUGCCUGCGUCGUACGACCCCAACCCAUGCUAGGCUACCCUAAUCACAAUGCCUUAUCGAUGCGAUGGCGGCUCGCUGUGGCGCCUGAACUCGGAUUUUGUCCAAGUUAUCGUUGCCGAGAUGUCUGAAAGUUGCGCCUUACCACUUUAAACAAAAAACGAAGGUUAAAUAAGAUGAAAGGGAUGAAUAGCAGGACACAAUAGAACCCUGUGGAUACACGCCGGACGGUGCUAGCAUAUAGUAAUGGGGAGCGCAGUCGAUACGUGACAAAAGGGGGCAACCAAUGAUUGCACAAGUGGCGCAACCCAGUUAUCCAAUCACCAUUCUCGCAAUUCCCAUCGCGAGAGCUCGCGCUCAAAGUACAUAUACUCGAGGGGGCAUGAUACUACUACACACUAAGAUUUAACGGCAUUUAAAAUCAUAUUUUUGGCCUUACAUACAUGUUUGCCUUGCAUUCCUUUGAGAUCUUUAAAACCGUAUAAAGGUAGGGUUUUACGUUUACUUCAUGGACCAUACUUUCAAACCUUGGCCUCACAACUACUUUAAGAAGAAAAUUGUCGUUUGCUAGAAAUUUGAGCAGGGGUUUGGUAAAAAUUUAGUCCCGUGCGGCCAGCAAGAGUACAUCAGGAAUUGGUCAUGUUUAAUGUUUGUUGUGUUUCAAAAGGCGUCCGGGCAUUAAAGAUUGUGCCGAUCCGAAAAUGCACGUUGCCGGAGCGGGAUAACGCUCAAAUCCACAGGACAACGCCCACAUCGGAGACACUCCAGUAACGAGACGGCGUCGAGUCAUGCCCCAUUCAGUAUACAACCCAGACCCACUCCUUUUGACGAAGUGCCCAAUCUUAUCAGGGCAAACAUCUUUCUACUCGGUCAAGGAGCCUGAAGUGUUGGAGGGACCGUAUCAUAUUUAGGCGCGUUUUCGAAUUCAAACUAUAAAAUUUAAAAAUCUGCAGAAGAGUGGAGUAAUAAUGCGAUCAGUUGGCCUGCCCUUCAAAAACCAAGAGCCGCUAAGUUGUGCGUUUUUUGGACUCUGCACAAUAGGAGCCAUUUCGUAGAAAACCGGCCCAAUUUCUCAACAAUUCGAUAGUCGUUGCCGACGGUCUCCACCGUGUGCGUCAGCGAGGCUAGGGCAGGCACGGCGGUUUGUGCGUGAAUUAAUUGAUAAUGGUAGUGGGCUUGCACAGCAUCUACCGCACUCCCCCCUCGUUCCCCCACCUGGACCCCAGUGUCAAGACAGAGUCAAGAAGACCGGGGGCGGGGAGGGCGCAGGUGGCUGGCACGGCCGGACCCGCACCUAGGCGUACCACCACACCGACGUCAAACUCGCGUGCAGUCAUUUUCGUCCUUAGACUCGGCCUUGCUUACCUAAGUCGACGCAUCGUAGGUAGAAAAUGAGCAAUACGCAUCAGAAGGAUGAUAAGCUCUACUCCUUUUAGCAAGGCACACUAUGGACCUCUGCUUUUCUGCAGCUGCACAGGUCGUCUAGGGAUUUGUUGCCCAGGAAUUGUCACUGCGUUCCUGUGUCAUCCAGCCAUCUAUAGAAUUAGCUCUACGCCUGUCAUCCGUCCCUGCUUCAUGUCGUUUCCUUAUCUCUUUUUACGAUGUAUUUUCGACCAACGAUGUAAUGUACAAGGCAAGGCCAUUCAAGCCAAAAAGACUUAUGCAACCAGCUUAUCAGCCAGCGCGUACGCUGAUGCUGCUGCUGCUGAUGAUGAUGAUUCUUCCGUCUGUCUUAUAUCCGUUUUAUUUCGUCUGUCCUUCCACCUACCAGGCAUUCAAGAAUACCUUAAUGAGAACGGACGGUCUGUCAAUUUGUUUGGAAAGCCGAAAUUCGCCGCCUUUGCCGACGCCCUAGACACGGUGCUGGCCGACUUUCAGCCACGAAUCAGUCCAGAGGGCCUCCUCAUAUGCCGCAUUGAAGAGGAGCAUCUGUGGGAAGCAAGGCAACUGGGUGCUGAAUCACCACAAGUGAGUGCUUCUGCCGACCCGUUCCUGAAGCCACGAUUAUCCAGGUUCCGUGGCUGUCUAUGUCAUAUGAUUGACUUCCGCGCGCACUCCCCUGUUGUACUCUUUAAGCGAUACAAUUUUGGAGGGCAUGUGUCCGAUGCGUCUCCAAGCUAACAAAUUUAGUCUCUCCCCCAUUGCACUCGGAAGACAGCCUUCGAUACAAAUCAACAAGGAUUUACCACCUGUUGACUUUGCUUUCGUGACUUCUUGUGGCGUUCAGGUGCACAUGAUUGUUCCGUGUCUAAAAUAUUGCAAAGCCACUGUCGGACUGCCCUUUAGGAGAACUUCCUCGAUCAUAUCGGGAUGUACGGUAACUUCUGAUUGCCUAAAAACAGAAGUAGUUAUUUCUUUUAUCCAUGACGAAGAUCAAGAUUAAUAAAAAAGUCCAUGAAGAGUAGGAUGCUUAUUUAUACCCAUUUAUCGUCGUCUGAGACUUGGACAUAAGUUUAGGUGAUCAUUGAGUCAGGUAACUCCCCACCAGUGACGGACCUGCGCUUUGUCAGUUACAUAGACCUUCAGCGGUUAUUGCUUGUCUGACCUGAUUUCGCCCUCUUCUCCGACCCCAGAUCCUUAUCUUCACUCUGCUCUACUACAUCACCAAGCACUAUUGCUUGCGAACGGGUGAAAACCACAGCCAGCUCACCUUUGCCAACUUCCCGGUGAAGCGUACCGGUGAUGGCGGCAAGGAGGUUGUCUGCUUUGUGCCUCCGCAGGCCCUCGCCGGAUCCGAUACCGCCUCCCCUCCGGAAACGCAAGUUUUUCCUCUCUACGUAAACAGCGAACAGCCAGAACGGUGUCCCGCCCGUCUCUAUCGCAUCUACGCGGACAAAUGGUAAGCAAAUGCCUUGCUUCCACCCGAAAAUACCUCUUUGUCGUCUGUCAUACUUGCACUUGGUACGGCUGCGAUCAUGCCUGAUCUAGCCGGCCUCGAUGAUGUCCCAAACUGUACCUCUCCACACGUGACGAUCCGCGGCAGCAGAUCGGGACAGUUUAACCCAUUCUCUUCGCCAACGACGGAGACCGAAUACCGACGGUACAAGAACCACCUCCAUGUCCUGACGAACUAUGUCGAGCCAGGUUUUAAGUUGACACCCUUUUCGACGUCUCCAAUGGAGUAACGGUGCCGAAUCUAGAGCAGCAACAUUGAGCUCCUGCACGAGCAAUUUAGGCUUGUUUCAUGGAGGGUGGCCGUAGUGUAAUUUGUAUGCAAUAAGUAGUACUGACACAAAACGUGCCGACAACAGUUAAACAAUGAAGCACCCGGAGCAGGUUCAACUUAACGGCGUUUCGACAGUCCCGGCUGCGCAGCUUUUCUCUCUGUGGGAAUGUUACGAUUUCCUGCAGUCUGAACUCAGGAAACAUCCAAUACUUAUUCUCUAGCGUCGCCUACCAAGUUUUGUCUAGGGUGUUCAUUCCCGAGACUCCUCAUUUGUUGUUGUUGUUUGGCAAGAAAUCCUUGCUGCGGAUAAUUGAAGCCUAGGUGAGCGUCGAGCGGGCGGUACGCCUGUAUGAGUAGAACUGUGGUAGACGAUGGGAGGGCGUAAGCAGUAGUGGAGACAAAUACGCCUGGGCUCGAGUUUCGCAGUGGUUACACCGAGCCAUGCAUCCAAUAUUAUCCAAGUUAGAUCCGAAGACUCGGCACUGAUAGGCGAUCCGACGUAGUCGGCACGCGUUACCGUACAGUCCUGUGGACUGAAUGGUUAGUUGUGCUGGUGGCAGACAGAGAAUUGCGGAUGAGUUUCGUUUGUUGAUCACUGCCCAGCAGUCGACAUAGCGCAUUCUUCCACAGACAGGUGGCGAACUAGCCGUUGCAUUUGUUCCCUAGUUACACUGCGUCUUUUUGAGGCACGUUCGCCCUCGUGUUCCGGCGCCUUUAGAGUACGUUCUUUUUGGUCUUUCGUAAGUCCCACAUUUACGCAUAUUACCUCUUUCGCAAUGGAAGACAGACAAGACCCAGCAGACCUGCGAUUUUGACCGCGUCGGUAGAACAUAAACAUUUAGAUCUCCGGAGAGUGAAGAAAGCCGUCGCUCCCAGCUUCCAGUCACGGCUGAUACAGCUCUCCUACAUUGCCCUGUCAGAGAUGAACAACCCAGGGCGCCAUUGUUGUCCUCGUGGCUACUUCCCUGACACACAGAUGUCCAAAUUUUGCAUCUUAUCUCCCGACCCAUCGUAGACAGCUGUUGACAUUAACUAACCUGGAACAAACAUGUGCUCACCUGGUUUCGUCCAGUUACUUUAAAGACCACCGUUUGGGGUAAAAGCCGAGGAAUACAAAUUCUUUCUACGAAUUCUUCACGUUGCUUACCCAUCGUUGGUAUUGUGAUAUCUUCCGAUUUUAUACUCGAAAGAAGGGUAUAAUUCGGUUUCAAAACAGUUUUUUAAUUGGGCGAUUUCUUAAUACCAUAAAACAGCCGUUCAUAAAACGUCAUGUAUUUGCAUUUACGAAUGCGGCUUGUAAAGUUAGCAAUAUUGCUCAAAUCCUCUGCUUAAUUUUCUGAACCCUGUAUGGGCCCCCUUUAGUACCGUAGACGAAUGUGUGGUUUUCCGUACACGAAAAAUAUACGGCUUGUAGCUUGGAAACCCUGAAUCCAAGUGUAAGGGCAGGUUGUGUUCAAAAUUAUUCGGGAAUUAGAAGUGUUUUAAAACCAAAUUAUACUCCUCUUUAAAUUAUAAAAUUGGAAGAAGACGCGAUUUUCUGCCGGAUAAGUAAAAGGAUGAAUAUUGUUUUGCAUGUUUUCCAUGAAAUAUAAUUGAAUUUUCAAGGGCAUCGGAAACCAAUGAGAGAAUUGCAUGCUAAUUAAGUAGUCAUUUUUUGCAGAGUACAGUUAUUGAAUGCAGUCGGAAAUAAGUUCAUUCGAAAGUCGGCAUCCUGCGGUAACUGAAUUAUUAUAGAAUUAUCGUGCACGAUGAUUAGUUUUACAACCCUAGUUAAUUAGUCUUUUCAAGUCGAAAACGCAUUCCGGAAUUUCGGUUGACAUUUCAUGAGUUAGCCCACCUACUGUAGUUGGCUAGGGAACCAGUGCGGCUAUUACCAUGGAUGAUGGUUGAAAGGUCUCUGUCCUACCACCAUAGAUUAUUCGGUUGUAUGAACGCGCGGCAGGUCGCUACCUCGGGUUCAACGUUGAUUGUCCUCGUAGGCGUUCCUGACACAGUUUACGCCAUGAAGCAUUUUAGCCUCCUCUGGAUUGACGCUCGAUGUCCUUGUGCAUUUCAAUGACGAGAUCGGUAGAAUCUCGCUUUUGGAAUUUUUACAGGAGUCACUGAGAGUAGUAACGGUUGUCUUAUACAGACAGGCGUUGUGAGUCGGAUAUCAGGGUAUGUCUGAUGGGCAAAACAGGCCGGAUUCGAUGAUGUGCGAUGUCGGUGACCGAACCCAGACACGUUUCUGUGGGUUAGACAAAAAUUGCUGACUUGGGCACACUCAUGUAUAGACUGGCCAAGCGGUUCAGUAGAAAAGUCAAUGGAUCGGUCAAAAAGUCUGAAUACGACCGCAUCCACGGAACAAAAUCUCUCUGGAUUAGAUAACAGUAUUGUUCGACGUCGAGGCCACUAGCGGGAUAUGACCACGACACCAAUAACAUUAGACAUCGACAGGAAAGCUCUCACUAUCUCAUGCCAUUAGCCAAACGUUUUAGUAUACUAUGCAUCAUUCCUCCAAAAGAUGUAGGUGUUUAAGCUUUAGGUUAUUUACAACACAGAGGUCGGAAAGACGUAUAAGCGGUGAGACGGGUUGCCUGCUUCUAGGAAUCAAGACUUGAUUCCCACAUCCGAGGUUUCAGCUCGACCACGUGCACUGUUAGUCGGGGCAAUGGACAGUAAGGACUGCCUAGUAUGCCCUCUGAGUAGAUCGGCUUACAAAUAAAGUCAGUUUUCAAGGCUCAGCUCCAAUGCUGUCCUGCGGCGACUGGCUGCUUUUAGUCUGCACCUUUUCUCACUAAAUCGCUGUUACACUUAAAAACCGUAGCCAAAACUAAAGCAGGCCGCCCUGGUGAGGUGAACAAGGAAGAUUUAUGAGUACUUAAGUUAUACACUGUUGUCCCCACUUUCUUGGCCGUAAGCUUCCCUGCCUUAGCCUUCUUUUACCCUCUUUCAGCCCACCUGCUCUGGUUAGUCAGGGAGGUGCAUUCUACCUGGAAAGCCUGUCUGAGGAAGCCCUCUGCUCCUCCGCCUGGUUCUCCUCAGUGCCGGUCAGUGUAAAGGACCUACAGGUGAUGCUGAACCGCAUCAAGAUGGUCAAAGAAAUUCAGGAGGCCUUCAUGAACAGUCAGGUUGACUGA